CCGCCUCCAGAAAUUUUAUUCGUCCAAGCGCAGAGCAUGCCUUCUUCCCCAUGGCGGCCUCACUGUCCAAAACCCUAAGAUUUCACCGACUUCUCCUCUCCAUACGCCGCAACUCGGCGCCAGCUCUUCCUCUCUACGCCUUCUACACCUCGGAAGCAACUCUCCGACCGCCUCCACCACCAGCGUCAUUCGCGUCCGUAGCAGCUCCAUCCGCAUCCCAAGCUCCAGAGAAAGAAAGGGGAAGAUGGUCCAAAUUGCUGCUUUUCCUCCCCGGUGCCAUCACUUUUGGCCUUGGAACCUGGCAACUUUUCCGAAGACUUGAGAAGAUAGAUAUGUUGGAUUACAGGAGGAAAAGAUUGGAGAUGGAGCCCAUAGUGUGGAGUGAGAUACAUUCUUUGGAUCAUGAAGCAGCUUCUUUGGAAUUCAGAAGGGUUAUUUGUGAGGGCUAUUUUGAUGACACCAAGUCAAUUUUUGUUGGCCCUCGUUCUCGAAGCAUAUCUGGUGUAACUGAGAACGGAUAUUAUGUCAUCACCCCUUUGAUUCCAAGGGCAACCGAUCCUGGCAGCAUGCAGCUGCCCAUCCUUGUAAACAGAGGAUGGGUCCCACGGGGCUGGCGGGACAAUUUAGAAGAGUCACAGAAUGUUGAGAGAGCUUCCAAUUUAGAAACAGGAGAUGCCAAGCAGAAUGAGAAAAGGGUUUGGUGGAAGUUUUGGUCUAAGAGUCCUGCAGUUUCCAAGGCUGAAGAGCCUGCCAUGUCUCCUGUAAGAGUUAUAGGAGUAAUUCGAGGAAGUGAGAAACCAAGCAUAUUUGUUCCAGCAAAUGACCCAAACAGUGGCCAGUGGUUUUAUGUUGAUGUUCCCAUGAUUGCUCGUGCUUGUGGUCUGCCAGAGAGUACCAUCUACAUUGAAGACAUAAAUGAUGAUGUUAGUGCAACUAAUCCUUAUCCUGUUCCAAAAGAUGUCAACACCUUGAUACGUUAUUCAGUCAUGCCACAGGACCAUCUUAACUAUACGAUAACCUGGUACUGGUUGAUACAGGAGGCACUCUCUGAAAGUACCAAAAAUUUCAGGGCAAUGUCCAAGUGCAGUGAUUAUAUGAGAAAUUAAGGCAGGCAGUUACACUGUGUUUGUAGUAUCAGAGAGUGCACUGUGAUAUCCAAGUAUGGUGACUUUAUGAGAAAUUAGGAAGGCAGUUAUUAGGGACAAGCAGAAUUAAGUUGUGUGGAAAGCAGAAUUAAGAAUUGCAUGCAAGAGAAUCUAAGUGGGUUAGAACUGGAGCAAAUUCUGAGUUCGCUGGCAAAAUUUCUCUAGCAGGAUUUGCCAGCACAAAUCUUGCAGCUUGCAUUAUCAGAGACUCAUGUAAAAAACUAUUGCGGUGGAAGGUACACCUAAUAGCAAAAGAUAAAAUAGGUUGAGAAGGAAAAGAUCUUUAUUGAUCAAUCGAACUUUGAAUGGUGGAGCCCGCCAAUACUCUGAAAAUUAAGGGUCUGCUACAGGCUAAGGAACCAUGCUUUGUGGUGUUAAUGGUCCUUGAAGUGUUCCAAACUAGAGAAGGGGGGCAAAUAAAGGCAGGAGAUGCCUCUCUUUACAAGAGUGGUCCCUUCUCCAUGAAAUUGAAGGACUAUUGGGAGCUGAAGAACUGGAUUAAUGAUGGACAUUAAGGGGAACUCUGGACAAGUGGAAUUUGAUAAAAUAGAAUUUGUAUUUCUGGAGAAUUGACUUGUCACGAUUGUUGGAGAUAAAUACAAAAGAAACCAAAUAACUUCGUUGGUAUUUGCAAAACAUUUGACAGCAACAACAAAAAAGGGUGGUGCCAAUUCUUCCCUAAAACUAUACCUGUAGCUGCGGUGUUUGCACUCUGGAGUAUCAUUUGGUUUCUGGGAUAUGGAUGAUGAGGCCAUGGUCUAACUGCUCUUGCUGGACUAUUAUGCUUUCAACUCUGAUAUAUACCAGAGUGAUGUGAUUGUGUUUACUCACUUUUUGAAACUUCUUCAAACUUCUGGAGGAUUCCUCAUAGCAUAGGACAGGAUAGGCUAAAGCUUCAAAUUCAUUGAAAAGUUAAUCACCACUUGCAUCUAUAUUUUCAUCCACAAGUUUAUGAUGACUUAAUUUUAGAAAAAAAAAAACAAAUAUAAAACAUUUCUUU